UCAUGUUAUUUUUUCACAUCGCCUGAUUAGUCGUCGCGGAUUUAUUUUUACCUUCUCAGUUUUAUAGUUGCGAGGAAAAUGUUCGAAAAAACCUUGAUAUUUUUGCUGUUGGGCCUGGGUGCGUUAAUUGACACGACCGCGGGCGACGCAUCCAUCGACGAGUUUGACGAAUCCGGACGAUACACCAUCGAAGGGCGUGUAUAUCCGCCGGAACUUUUCGGUGGUUCGGAUCUUACCUGGCAAAUCGAUACGCACAUUUCCAUCAACGGGGGUGAGUACAAAGGGUUCCUCAAGGAUGACGGCUCGUUCGUGAUCAGUUCGGUUCCGUCCGGGAGCUACGUGGUGGAAAUUCUCAACCCGGACUACUAUUACGAAUCGGUGCGGGUGGAAAUCAAUCCCAAGGGUAAAUUCCGCGCCCGGAAGCUGAACUACGUGCAGCCGUCGCAGGUGGUCCAGGUGCCGUACCCGCUGAAGCUGAAGGCGCUGACGCGGUUCCGGUACUUCCAGCAGCGCGAACAGUGGAAGAUCACCGACUUCCUGUUCAAUCCGAUGGUGCUGAUGAUGAUCCUGCCGCUGCUCAUUAUGUUGAUUCUGCCCAAGAUGAUGAGCGAUCCGGAAACGAAGAAGGAGAUGGAGAAUCUGAAUCUGUCGAAGAUGACGAACGACAUGCCGGAGAUCAGCGAGGUGAUUACCUCGUUCUUCACCGGUGGAGCCCCGGCUGCAGCUGCGGCACUUAAGGACAGGGAGAAGUCCAAAUCCGCUACUAACAAGCAGGGCAAAAAGAAGAACUAGAGAUCGAAUAGGAGAGGGGACCUCUGCUUUCCUCGGUAGUAGAAUAGUGCGGUAGGGUGAAUGUUUUCUUCUAACUCCUAGAAAUUAAUUUGCAUUCAAUUAUUAUUUAUUUAGGCGACAAGCAAAUAACGCCCGUGAGUUGUGGGAGUGAAUGAAAAAUAAACCAAGAAAAUUA